CUUUGCAUCAGUUCGACCUGGUGAGCGCAGACUGAACGUUCGUGUUGAGCGGUUAAAUAGGUGCAAGUAUCCCAAAAGUAGCAUAGUAGAAUCUUCCUCAGUACUGUAAAAUAAACUGCUGCAGCUAAUAUUUACACAUCAGUAUCAGCAUCAUCAUUACUAUUUAGUAGUGGCAACGUCUGGAACAACAACAACAACCUGCUGCUCCUACGGCCAAUUUUCGUGUAGAAGAGAAUUGUUCGAAGAACUUGUUGACUAUUUGCAUUGUUUGUUAGCCGCAUUUGCGUUUGCUUUGCCAGUAGUUUUUGGCGACGGCGUGAAAAUUUUUGUUUGGCCUACAGACAUCACAAACUUUGCUAACAUAUGGCAGCAUUUGUGCCAUCAUUGUUGAAUGACAAUAUGCAACACGCUUAUCGCCAGUUUAGCCCUAAUAAGGCAGCAGCUGUUGGAUGGUGGGCCCAUUAUCAUGGCAUGCAAUGUACAACCACAACAACAACCACAACAACAUCAGCGGCAAAACGAACAGAACAACUCAUUAGAGCAGCAAUGUAUUAGGCAACUGCAAAAGCAACAGCAACAAUCAUCUUUGCAACAACGUCAUCAGCAACAGCAACCUUAUCGAAGUCAGCAGCAGCAUCUCCAACAACAACAACAACAACAAUUGCAGGCAAUCAAGCAGCAGCGCAGUUCGGCAGAAUGCCAACAAUUGACGCAACAGCGAACGCGGAGGCACAGGGGCCAGCGAGAGCUAAUCUCGAGCUGGCGCUGCACGUUGCAUGCAACGCUUAAAUUGUUGCAACGACCCUCGACCAUCGUAACGCUGUUGUUGCAAUUGCUGGUGUUGUUGUCGGCAAGCACAACGGCGCGUGGCGAAGGCAAUGUUGGCUGUCAUUUUGUGCGGACGCUUUGCCUUCAGGGUAGCGAAGUCUGUUUCGAUGAUAACAUCUUUGGAAAAUGCAUACCGACAACUGGCGUAGAUGUUGAGGACAUUGAAAAAACACCCCUUACGGAGGAUCAAUCUCGCACCCUCGCCACCAUGUUGGAGGAGUUGCAAGGUGCCGGACUCGGCUGGGAUCACCCCUACGUGCAAUGUCGCAUUCAGGGUACCCUCUACUCGCUCCAGAAACAGACUCAGCUACCACCGAACCUUUGCGCAAACCUCGCACCCACACCAACCGAUAUCGACCCCGCUGGCGCUAUGGCAUUCGUACGCUUCGCACCACCCGAGGAGGAUUAUGUUGACGAAGGUUACUUCUAUCCACCGCUGAAGAAGCAACAUCCGCUUAGAGAAGGCAACAGCCUCAACACCAUACUGCAUGAGUUGCAACUGCAGGACCGUCAGCUCCGUCAUGAUCCACUCGAACUGGCGCAUUUCGGUAAAUUAGAUGCACAGGAUCCUCUUCCUCAAACGGCACCGAAUGUAAUGGAUGUCUUAUUAGAGAAGGAACGAGCGCGCGCACAACGUGAACAAAUGGAACGCGCAGCCGAAAUCGAAGCAGCAGCAGCACAGGCGAAUGCCGCGCGUAAUCGUUUGGAACUCUACCAGAUUUUGGCCGCCUCUGAGCCGGAUCCGCAGCCAUAUCAACGCAACCCGAGCAGCGCGAUAGAAAAGUUGGAGCAAGUGGUUGAGCGCGAACGGGAAGCUGCGGCGAAGGCACCAACACCACCGCCACCAGCGCCGAUUUAUGUGCCCGAUGAGCUGUCGAAUGACUCCAAUGAUCUGUACUUCCCCGAACAUUUUGCCUCCUUCAAACGCGUCUCAGGCAAGAAGGCCAGCGCAGAUAAUGGCAAACCAGUGCAAAGUUCAUUCUUCCGCGAGUUGGCAGCCGAGCAAGGUUUACAACAGGAGCCAUUAUUGGCGCGGGAUUUCAGUGAAAACGCCAUAGAUGAAACCGAUACUCUGUUGUUGCCGGGCUACAAACGCACAAGUCCAGACGAUGCCAGCGAAUCCGAACGCAAGCAAAUGGCUUUCGAGGAGAGUCUCAUACGCAACUCAUUGACGCCGUUCGAAGAGGAAGCGAUGCUAUCCUCAAACACUUAUGCGCGUAAUGCACAGAAGCCGAGACCAGUCUUUACAGAGGGAGGUCUAGUCUAUGUGCCCGAGGAUGAGGAGGAGGUACGCAAAGCCAAAGCACGUGAAAUACUCGCCAGCAUGUUCGGUUUUACGCGACACGAGCGUUUGGAUGUGAAAAAACCGGGACCAAUGAUCGGACCGCCGCCAAAUGCCGUAGAGUCAGCGGGAAAACUCAAUAAGACCGGUGAAGGUGUGAAGGCAGAGAACAAAGAGGUGUUGCCGGCGCAUAUUAGAGGCAGUAAGGAGAGCAGCAAAAUGAAGAAGGUGCUGAAGGAACAUUCCGAUGAAGAUCAUGCUCCGCACACUGUCGACACUGAAUUUGCGCAUGUGUUCGUUAAGAACCCCAUCGACAGCUGGAGUGACGGUGUGCGCAUCAUGAACGAACUGGCCAAUAUACUACACAUGCAAGGAUACUUCACCUAUUUAACCGUUCAACCGCACGAAGUCUCUUUCCGGGUGGACUCAAACAACCCCGAACACAAGACCGCCGCCGAUAUAGCGCGCAUUAUUAACGACAAUCGUGGCGUCAAGAAUAACAUCCUACGCCGCAUAGGCGUCACGGUACUCCAUGCUGGCGUUGGCGACAAAAUCAAGGACGAUUUGGAUGGCGUUACAGCGUCGCGCAUUGAACUUGCCGAGCAGGGACCCGAUGUGACACACAUUAUGGCUUACAUGUUUGCCGGUGCUGGCGCUGCUGCGUUCAUUGUUAUCUUCGUCACGCUAAUACUGAUUAAGCGACACGAUAAGAAACGCGACAAGUUGGGUGGUCUCCAGUCAGGCGUUGCUGGCGCAGAGAGUUGCAGCAAAGACUAUCAGGAUUUGUGUCGUGCACGCAUGGCGGGCAAGGGCAGUGCGCCAGAGCCGGUGCCAAGCGGUCGUAUAAUGUCGUUGAGUAAGGAAAAUGAUCGCCCGCCCUCGUCGCGUUCGAGCACCUCUUCAUGGAGCGAGGAACCGGCGCUGACAAAUAUGGAUAUCUCGACCGGACAUAUGGUGUUGUCUUACAUGGAAGAUCACUUGCGCAACAAAGGCCGUUUGCAACGGGAAUGGGAAGCCUUGUGCCGCUAUGAAGCCGAACCGAGCGCACGCGAUGCAGCACAACAGUCGCAAUGCGUAAAUUUGAAUCGACCAGGCGCUCCGCUGCCCUAUGAC